CAAACGAAUGUAUGGUUGCCUAAAAAUCAGGAUAUUAGUUGUGCUAUCAUAGGAAAGUUCACACAGAGAAAUAAGGUUGAAGAAAAAUGCCUUACUCAUUGGGUUGUAAUAGAUGAAAAAGAACUUGAUUUCUUAAUUCAGGAUUGUAUUAAAGAGGGAACAUAUGCUGGUAGUGAUAAAUGUCCACUUGGGCAUAUACUUAUAUAUUACGAGUGUUAUCAGCCUCAAUAUACAUAUUUACGAGCUUCGAUGCUAGCAUAUGCCUAUAUAAAUCUGCUUGAAAUGCUCCAAAGAUUUAGUUCUAAUGAAGUAGUAAGAAUUGCCACUGAUUCUAUAUAUAUACGAAAAGAGGCUUUGUAUAAGAUCGAAAAUGUGUUUGCCUUCUUUAAGCAAGCUAAUCAGUUACAUAGCAAUCUGCCAAAGAAUAAUUCUAAGAAUACUAAUAAAUUUCUAUAUUCAUACUGCUUUUCUAUUCCUUGUACAAUAUGUGAAAGAAGAUAUUUUCCAAGCUUAUAUCCUAUACAACUAUUUACAUGUGCUGAUUGCUUUUCAGAUUGGUAUUAUCACCAAGGUUUUUGGAAGGAAUCUAGCAGUACUGUCUUAAACGUAAAUAAGUGUGAUAAGGAUGAGAAGAUUCAUGGACCAGAUCCUAAUGUUGUAUAUUGGCUGAAAGGCAAACAUUGGGAGUCAAGAAGGUGGUUCUGGCAAAACAACAUGCGCAAUCCAAAUCUUCAAAGAUAUAACAUGGUUGUUUUCACCCAUACAAAUGUGCUAGCUAAAGAUUUCCAAAAUAACCAUAAAAAUGGUGUAGAAGAAUGGAUACCUGAACGUAUGGGAGAAAAGAAAUUUCCACGAGUUGUCAUCUGGGACGAGCCUCCACUAUUCUUCGGAGAAAUGCCUCAUGACUGGUUAAAAGAGCAAGCUGAUUACUAUGAGGAACUAUCAGAUCGUAUCUUAUCAGCACAUAUACUUUCUUGGAAAAUUGCUUCUCAAAAAUGCUUAAAAAUUCAUCAAGUAAAAUAUCCUGAAAUUCCAAUCCCAUUAAUUUAUAGGCCAAAAGAUAGACGCAAACAGAAUUGCCUUGUUCAAAUUCCUGGCUCAUCUGAAAAGAAGGAGUUAGUAAAAAAUGAUAUAAUAUAUUUGCCCUUAAAUACACUUCCUGACAAGUUCUUAAAAGAUAUAUUAGUAAAUAAAAAAGUCAUAGAUUGGGAACUUGGAUACGCAAUGACCAUUCAUACUAGUCAAGGAAUGACUCUUAAGUUGCUACAACAUGUUUGGGUCAUUGAUGAAAACCUAGCCUGGGAUAAUCUAAUAUAUUUGGCAGUUGGUCGUAUAAAAUAUUUAAGCCAACUCAUUCGGAUUGAAGCACCUCCAUUAUCUUCUGAAAUUGCCCAAGAGAUUGAGGAGGCAAAAAAGAAAAAAUGGCUAGAAUAUGAAUUGAGGCCGUCUAUUCAGAAAAAACUUAUCAGAUAUAUGGGCCAGGAUAAAGAAAAAGGCUGUGAAUUUGAUCUAACAGUUGACUAUAUCCUUACAUUAAAACAUAUUCAAGAAGACAAAUGCGCAUUAUGUCUUAUUGAAAUGAAAUUCAAAUAG